AUGUCUAACAUCCUAGGAGCGUUCAACCCACCCCCUGCACGCGAUUUGUCUUCUGAAGAUUGCAUGGCCUGCACCGCCAUCCAGCUGAUGGUGUGUUUCGGUGGCGGAGGGUAUUUUCUCUCGCCAAUGCCCUUCAGAAACAAAAGUGGGUUGGUUGAUCUCAAGAAGCAUCCCGUGUGGUUUCAGCGGAGCGUUCGGGGCAUUGGCAUUGGCUUGAUUGCAUUGGGCAUGUUUCGCCUCGGCGAGGUGGGCCAGAUUUGGUAUCGAAGGAGACUGGGAUGA